AUGGCAAAAACCCAAGGAGCUAAGUCCUCGUCUCCUUCAAACCGCCUUAGAGCCCCAAGAGAGACUCCUGUUCAAGGCUCCAUACCCGAGCCUCCACAGUCACUGGUCAUGCCACCUCCAAUAGAGGACGCACCCUUGAGUUCUCCUACGAGGCGAUAUGGGAUGAGGUGGCCACCCACCACACCCGGGGCAAGCUCUUCGCGAGCCAAAAAGUCAGGUAGCCAUCCCUCAAAGAAGAAAGCCAAGCCAGGAGCCCCAGUUGGACCAGAGCAUCCAAAGAUUCCACAUCCAGAGCAUCCAGAGGAGCCACAACCGGUUGAGAUACCAGUUGACAUGAGAGCACCUGCCCCUGCAGUGCCCUUUAUAGAGCCUAUACCUGAGAUUGCACCCUCUGCUCCUCCUGCUACACUAGGGACUCCGCCUGUUAUACCAUCUACAUCAGAGCCUUUUUCUCCACAUGAGUCUAGGAUUGCCAUAUCCAUUUCUGAGUUUAGAGGCCUAUGUCACACUUUGCAGACAUUGACCACUUCUCAGAGCAUUUUGACUCAGCAGAUGACAGCUCUUCGUGCCCAUCAGGAGUAG